AUGCUUUGGAGCGAUUCAAAAAUAGUACUAGCAUGGAUUAAAUCGCCUUCCCACAAGUGGAAAACGUUUGUUGCUAAUAGGGUUUCGGAGAUCCAAACCAAUACGGAUCCAAACAAUUGGUACCAUGUUAGAUCAGAAGAUAAUCCUGCCGAUUUAAUUUCGCGAGGAAUGUUACCGGAAGUAUUAAUUAAUUCAGAUUUGUGGUGGUUCGAUCCAUCUUGGUUGAAUACCACUGACAAACUUUCUUUUGGCGCAGAUUUCAUAUCAGAAACCGAAGAAGAAAUUAAACAUGUUUCGUUAACAGUAAUAGAACAAACCACAACUAAUAUAUUUAAUAUGUAUUCAUCAUAUACAAAGUUAGUUAGGGUCAUUGGAUAUUGUGUUCGGUUCCUUAAAAAUUGCAAGAACAAGGCCAAGAACAAGGGCGACUGUAUCCACGGUGAAUUAAAAACCACCGAAAUUAAUGAUGCUCGCGUAAGAUUAAUUAAAUUAGCACAACAUGAAAGAUUCAAAAAUGAAAUAGAGUCUCUAUCAAACCACGAGCCAAUAAAAACUAAAUCAGAUUUAAAAUCUCUCAACCCAUUUUUAGACGAAAAUGGUAUUUUGAGAGUUGACGGUAAGUUGUCUGACUUAGGUUACGAUAAGCGUCACCCAAUGGUUCUACCUAAAAAUCAUGCACUUUCAUCAUUGAUUGCCAGAUAUGAACAUAUAAAAUCUUUUCAUUCUGGAGCGCAACACUUGUUACAUACGCUCAGAGAGACAUACUGGCCAAUCAACGGUAGAAAUUUGUGUAAAGGUAUUAUACGAAGAUGCGUUAUCUGCUUCAAGGUUAAUCCUACUUCUACUUCCCCAUUAAUGGGCGAUUUACCAAAAAACCACGUCACUCCCCAUUUGCCAUUCACGAAUUGCGGCGUGGACUUUAAGAUCCGAUUAUGUUGA